AUGCUACCCGGAGGGCAACUGAAAAGCUCUUUGCCUUUUCCUAUGCGGACAUCAUCUUUGCGACCUAUGCGGAAUAUCUUUAGCUCUUUGCCAUUUCUUCUCUGGAAGAUAGUAAAAGCACUGAAACAAGAAAGUCUGCAACUGAGAAAGCAAAAUCAAGAAUUAGUAAAAGAAGUUGAUCACAUUCAAGAAGGUCGUUGCAGCGAUGUUGAUGAAGUAGCCUAUCUUAAAUGGAUAAAUGCUUGCUUGCGGUAUGAGCUGAGGAACUAUCAGUCUGCCCUAGGUGAAACAACUGCAAGGGAUCUCAGUAAAUCGUUAAGCCCCGAAUCUAGUAAGAAAGCCAAGCAACUAGUUGUUGAAUAUGCAGCUAAAAAAGACCAAGGGGACAAGGGAAUCCAUGUUUUGGAGCUUGAUUCUAACCAGUUAUCCUCCCAAGAACCACAUCUUAUGAAUUCAGAUACUAGAGCUAUUAAACCCCAGAGCAGAUCAAGAAUACCAUCUCCAGGUUCAUCCAAACAAUCUAUAGAUUUCCAUUCAUUUGAUCAAGGCUCUACAGCUAAUAAAGGAGAAAGCAAAAACUACCCGACACGUACAAAGAGAUAUAGUGAUGCGGGCUCAUUAGAUUAUAUGUCAAAACGUCUUGCUGAAUCACCUCAAGAAAAAGGAAAUAACCAUGACCAAGAAGAUGUUCAUAAAGCUGAGUUGGCGAAAUAUGCAGAAGUUUUGAAAGGAUCUCUCUAA